CUUUAAUUAUAUUGUCUUUUGCCGUUAUGAUUAUCUGAUUGGCUUAUCGAUUACCUUUAGAACUUUAAAGAAUGCCGACUUAGCUGAAAACUCACGGGGGUAGAUUGGACCAAUCACGUGAUCUGAGUGUAAUAUGGCGAUCCAUGUUUAGCAGAUCCAUGCUAUAAACUUCUAUAUAGACAGAGCCAGAAGUUUUAAUGAAGGGUCUGGUGACUUGCUUUGAAACUGAGCCGAGACAUUUUGCAACCUGAUGAGGAUUUUCCAACAAGUACCCUUAAAACAUUGGUCCAGUUCAAGAGCCUGUAUAGAAAACGGAGGACAAUCUAAGCUGGCUCUCUCUCAUGUUGGAAAUUUAAAAGGUUUACAAGGGUGUGAUGCAGGGUUUGACAUAAGAGGCGGGGCACUGAUGGGGACCCAACUUAAUUAAGAGGGAUCAGAGGAAAAUCAAACAGGCAUUCCGGCUGAUUAGGAUCAGUAUGUGAUACUUUUCAACCAAGAUAUGUCCCUGUAUCAGCAAUAUCCAGGAAAGGGCUUUGUCAAGAUUUCUUAGGAAAAAACAUGCCAACCGACAAGUGGGAGGGUACAGUGGCAUUGAGUCAUCCUUGAACUUGGACAGAUAGUAAAAGGAGCUGCAAAAACAAUAAGGAUAUCCAAGUUUGCAAGUGAGAGCCAUGGGGGUCCCUCCAUGGUGGUUGGCUGCUCUGGAGACAUGUCUGAUGUGUACAGCAGUCACUGUGAUGGGAAUGCCUCCGAACAUUGUCUUCAUUGUUGCUGAUGAUUUGGGCUGGAAUGAUGUAGGCUACCACAAUCCUGACGUGAUCACACCCAACAUUGACAAACUGGCAAAUAUGGGCGUAAAGUUGAACCAGUCUUAUGUACAACCAGUCUGUUCACCGUCACGGCAUGCCUUUAUGACAGGAUACUAUCCCUGGAAAGCUGGUCUACAGCACAUGGUGAUAUGGGACCAGCAAGACGUUUGUUCACCUCUUAAUCUCAAAUUUCUACCUGAAAAACUGAAGGAGGCUGGGUAUGCGACCCAUGCUAUAGGAAAGUGGCAUCUGGGAUUCUGCAGCUGGAACUGUACGCCCAUGUAUCGAGGGUUUGACUCUUUCUACGGCUACUAUAACAGUCGCAGUGACUACUACACACACCAUGAAGCAAAUUUUCUCGACUUCCAUGAUGGCUAUGAGGUGGUGUGGGACAAAAAUGAAUCUUAUUCCGCGCAUUUGUAUGCCGAGCGGGCGGAGAGGAUUAUCUUGGAGCAUGACACCAGCAAACCGCUGUUCAUGUAUCUACCCUACCAGAACACUCACGAACCGCUUCAGGUACCUCCAGAAUAUGAGGCCUUGUAUCCGAAUGUGAAGACCCCUGACAGGAAAACGUUCUGUGGUAUGGCCACUGCCCUAGAUGCCGCAAUAGGUCGUGUGGUGUCUGCUCUCGAGAAGAAAGGUCUCUAUGAGGAUACCAUGUUUUUCUUCACACCAGAUAAUGGAGGCUGGCCAGCCAAGGGAGGUAACAACUGGCCACUAAGGGGAAGCAAAAUCACAAUCUGGGAAGGGGGAACUAGAGUGCCAGCUUUUGUUUCUGGUUCCCGGCUCAAGAAGUCACACUACUCAUUCAAUGGAUUGUUUCAUGCUGUUGACUGGAAUCCAACUAUUGUGUCAGCAGCUGGCUUAAAACCAGAUCCUGGAAUGGAUGGGAUCGACCAAUGGGAAGCUAUCAAUACUGGUGAGGAGGGGCAGAGAACGGAGUUCAUAUACAACCUGGAUGAUGUGGUACCAGCCACUCAGGGGCAUGCUGGGAUCAGGGUUGGUGACUACAAGCUGCUAGAAGGACUGGUGGGCGCGUACAAUGGCUGGUACCCACCUGACCAAGUGUACACAGAGGACAGCAUGCACCAAUGGGAACCACACACAGUGAACCAGUCCUACUACAAACUCUACAACCUUAAAGAUGACCCAAAUGAGUACCACAAUCUAGCUGAUGAUAUGCCGUCCCUUGUGAAGGAGAUGGCGGCACGGAUGAAGGAGUACCAUAGACAAAUGAUUCCCGCGAAAAACCCGCCUGCAAAUCCUGCUGGCAAUCCUAAAUAUUAUGGGAAUGUUUGGUCUCCUGGCUGGUGUAAACAGCCUAUGACAUAGGUCUAAAGUUUGGUGAAUUACUGUACAUGUGCAAUAACAUUCUGUCAGAUUAUGAGCACUAUAAGCAAAAACAAGUUUAUAACUUAAAAAGGGUAUUUUCUUGUGUUUAGUGGUUUGUUUUUGUACACAAGAUUUUCAUAAUGAAACCCUAAACAUUUAUGGAUUUUUAGCACAUUUACUUGAAAUGUGGAUUAUUUAAAGGUCAUUGCCACUUUAUCAAAUAUUGUUCAUAUUAUUUCAUAGCUGGUGAUAUUUAUGCAACUUUUAUGACUGUGUAAACUUUGUUUGGUGAUACAUGUACGAACAAAUGAAAAUCUAGAUGUAAAUAGUUUAGAUGUUUAUGAGCAACAGAAAUUCAGUUGAAUUCAUAGAAUGAAGGGGGGAGGAUUUCAUCAAAUUUUAGAUUCAAAAUUAAAACAUUACUAAAUCAAAGAUGAAAAACUUACUAUACUUAAAAGCAGUCUAGAUAUGUCAUCUUGGCAUUGCAAAUACUUAUCAAUGCAAACAUGCCAGUCUAAAUGAGGGAAAAUAAUUGCACAAAUGUAAAGUGCUCUGUUAUUACCGUUAUGGUACUUUUAAUUGUUAUCAUUAUUUAUUGUUAUAAAUCUGUUUUUAGAUUUAAUAUAGGAUAAUUGUUUGUUUCAGUGUAGGAUUGUGAAAUAUUCUCUUUUGCUGUUCAAAAGGCAAAUUAGUUUUUAUAGAAACAAUUGCCAAAUUGUCUGUGAAUGUAACUUCAUUUUAGAAAUGACAUUUUUGUACGGUAAUUGUGUUUUGUCCCUGCGCAUGCUGACAUUUGAUUUGGAAGUGAGAGUUGGCGAAAAUUUCAAACAGUGGAAAAAUAACAAAUUGAAAGUUUAAAAUAUCAUAUUUAUUUCACUGAUAAAUAUCUAUAAACCAUCAGAAAGAAUAUAAGUAUACUUUGUAUGAUGGGUAUAAAAUGGUUGCUCAUGAUUUGUUCAACUUUGUUAAUUAAGUGAUAUCCAUCCUAUUUACAAUGAUAAUUUUGUUACAUGUGUACAUUAUAUUGUACACAUAAGGAGUCUUAAAGAGUUAACACUCAUUUGUUGAAUACUUAUUUAAUAUUUCAGUAUUGCACAAGGUCUGGUUUUAUGAUUGUUAUUAGAAAAAAAUUCAUAUAGUUCAGAAUAUCAGAAAAAAAGUCAUUUUUUAUAUUUAAUGUUUGAUUUAAAAAAGAGAGAGUAUUAUUAAAUUCUAAUAAUAUCAAAAUUCACUUAAGAAAAUUGAGAAAUGAAGUUAAAACUUUUAAAUUGUUAAAAUUAUUUUGAGAUAUGUUCAUGCGGUGCCAGUACAUAAAGUGUUACAUGUACACUUUAAAAAGUUUUAGUACACAUCCUAUUGUUAAUGACUAAAGUGUUUUGAACUCAUUUGUGUUUCUCUCACUGUGUCUUGAAUAUGAUUUAAGUACACAUUUUAAUUAUUCAUGAAUAGUUAUAAACUUAUGCAGCUUUUCCAUGCGCUGUGUGUUUAUGUAUUAUAUUUUGUUUUAUUAGCUGUAUUUUAAAAUAAACACUUCUAUGAAAAUGA